AUGGAGCCAUGGCUGUGCUUUGGCUCAUCUCUCUUAGAUACUGAUACUAAGUACACCCUUCUAGGUGCCUUACUAUUUCUACUUCUAUACUUGUGCUACCAUUUGCUGAAACCAUCAGUACCAACAAUUCAUCGUAAGAAACACAUCCUAAAGAGACCAACAAUAUUGUACAGAAAAAGAAGAGGAGAAUUGAGAGGACGGAGACCUCUGAGAAAAGAAGCUGAGGAGGAGCAGAAGCUGCUUUCUGUGGUGUCAAGCCUCCUGGACAAGCAUCCCAACACUACUCGCUUUCGGAAACUGCUGUGUCUAGACCCCCUCUGUCAGGUGUGUAGCAGGACAGCGGCGGAGGCCAGUCACCUGCUAUCUCAAGCAUCUGUGAAAGUCGCUGCCACUUCAGGGUCUCCAUUAGUUUCCAAAACUCCUGUGAAAAAGUCAUCUGCGUUACCGAACACUCCUCUCUCAGAAAACCUAGCAGAAAAUGCAAUUCCAGCUAUAACAUCUGAGCUUUCUCCAACUCUAUCCUCCACAGGCUCUCCAGACCAUGCUCUGCCACUAGAGACUAUGUCUCCUUUGGAAACUAAGUUUGUAGCAGCUCCAUUACCAUUGCAACAACUCGCCUCAAAUCCUCCUCCCCUAGAACAUCAGACUUGGGGAAUAGGACCCGUUCUCCAACAUGAUUCCACUUGUGGAAUGACUGGCAGGCCUUCUGGCUUGUCCACUCAUGACCCACUAACCAGAGAAUUGUCCUGCAGGGAGCUAGAUGUGAUGAGCCCGCUCCCUUGUGAGUUAGUAGAGUGUGAGGCCAAGUGGGAAUCCCUUGCCCUCCAUUCUUCCGAGGCCUCUUCUGAAGGUGUUGCUGCAUCCUACCACAUCGAGCCCGGUAACCUCUCAUUUAUCAGACUCGACGUUCUAGCAUUCUUGGAGACCCAAAUCAAGAAGAGAGGUGGCUUCUUGAUGUGGAAAGAAAGGGAAAGCAAAACUGAUUCUUGUACCCAACAAGAUAAGCUAGGGUGCCAACUGAAUUCUGUAGGGAAAGUGUUAGAGUCUGUUGAUGAGCAGCAGGAAUUGGCAGCUUCCCUUCCAUUUGGGAGCUCCAACGGCAAGCAAGGGGAGCUUCCCAAGUACAUUCAGGCCCCAAGUCCAAAUCCCUAUAAGGACCAUUCUCAGCAAAAGUCUAUCCAACUCUUUUGGGGUCUCCCAUCUCUACACAGUGAGUCCUUGAGCUCUACUGUCCCUGGCUUAGGUGACUAUUCUUUGAAAUUUGUCUUCUUCAAUAUAAUCUCCAACAUCUUCAGAGCCCACAAAUCCCCAGUGAUCCCUGACCCUAAACUUCUGCCAUUGCCUGAAAUCCAGUCUCAAGUCUUGCCUGAGACCUUGCACCAAGAUCUUCUAGGAGCCCAGGCACAGGCCCAGCUUCAAUCUCUAUUCCCCGGCCUGCCAUCUUCCCCUGAACCCCAGGUUAGCGCCUGUGGGGUCUGUUUUCAUGGACUACAGAGUGAGGUACAGCUCCUUACACCAUCUGAAAUUCAUCACCUGGAAUAUAAUAUAUUGCAGAAAAAGCAAGAGAAUGUGUGGGGGUUACCCUCUGUGGUCCAGAGAUCUCAGGAAGACUUUUGUUUUCCAGCUCCAAAACUUCCAUUGGUCAGACAGUAUUCUAAAGCUAAAGUUAUGGUCUCCAUCCUUCCUGGUGAUUUCCCCCUCACCAGUGGCCUGCAGCAAAAACUAGAGCAUCACCUUCGAAAGAGGCUUAUCCAGCAGCACUGGGGCCUGCCCCGCAGGAUCCAGGAGUCUCUGUCUCUGAUGAGUCCUAGGAUAGAAACUCCCCAGAGCUCUGAGUCUAAGAUCAGUGAGGGGCUCUCAUGGAUUUCCUCCUUCAAACAUCAGAAGAGCAAACAUCCAAACUUUGAAUCGAGCCAACUUGAAAGCUCUGAGAAGAGCAUAGAGAUAUCUCUGCUAGAUGAGGAAGUAGGGAAGGAACAGAGACACAGCCCAGAGACUGGACCCAAAGACCAUCUGUCCACUGCCUCAGCAGGGGCUCCACAUCAUAGUUCACAGUCUCAAUCUGAGUCAAAUUCAGAAAGUGUCACCGGGAGUGUGUCAGGGAGUGAUUUGAGUACUUCACUGGUAAUUCUGCAUCAGAAACAAUUCAAGGAUGCUCUGGAAGUACACUGGAACAAGAAAUUCACAGAAAUCAAAGAGUGUCAGGUCCCUGGCACUGUGAAUGGUUUAUGUCAUUCUAACAGCAUGCACUUGCCCUUGUGUGAAAAAUCCCCUAGCCAAAAGAAACAGAGAGAUUUGGCACCAUUGGUAGGGAAGGAGAGCAGUCUGGACACACCCCAUGAUAUUUCUUUCCCUGAUUCCAGCAAGCCAAAUAUUGUGGCUGACAGAAUUAAAUUUUUUCAAAUGAAGACAAUGCAAUGUCUUCCCCAGAAGACCCAGGAAUCCAUAGAAACCACUUAUGCAAAAGAAGGUCCAUCUUGGGUCUGUUCCAACUCUAAACUUUCCUCCCCAUCCACCUCUAUUUCUGGGGUAGAUUCUAAACUUGGGGUAUCUCAGUCUUUUGCACAAAAUUCUGUUGCUAAUAGCCAAAAGAAGAUGGGAACAACAAAUUCAGCCUCACCUGUGAGCAAGAAAGGACAGGGGUUUCAGAGACAAUUACUCUCUGAUACCAACAAUGAAUACAUUGAGAACCUACAUAGAAUGAAGGAUGGCAGAUGGCCAUUUCUGCACCCAACCCAUGGUGUCCCAGGACACCAUGACCAUGUGACACAGUCCACAGCAGACAAUAUGUGCAGUCCAAAUGUGUUCCCAAGGACAGCAAUGGCUGCACCUGAUGCAGACAAUAAGAAACAAAUUUUUAAACAAAGCAUACAAAGGACUGAUGAAAAGAGGAUACAUUCAGAAAAAAAUUCCCUAUAUAAUAACUCUAAGGAGACCUUCAAGACCAAGGAAUUCUGUGAUCUUCCAUCCCAAGCUGGAACAAACAUCACCAACGAGAGCAAAGCCUCCCUAGUGACAACUAUCAAUCAAAGUAAAGCACAAGGUAUCCUGACCACUAAAAAGACCCCAAUGGAUACAUUGGUUCACCAAGGUCCUGAGUUAUCAGACUUAAAAAAUGGACUUUUCAAUGAGUUGAAACUGAAACUGGAGAGCAGAAAGACAGGGAAGGCCCAGGGUCUUCAGGAUGACCUGCCUCUGGAGUCAGAUAACUCGAAAAACGUGACUUUACUUACUUUAAACUCUAGUGUCACCAGUGUGGACAUAGCAGCUUCCCAUGAGCUGCAUGCACAACUGGACAAGACAAUGAUCAGCGGGGAGCAGGGACAGAAACCUUGCACCACUAGUGACCUCCACAAGGGCCAAGACAAAAAUUCUCCACAAAGUAACAAUGGCAUGAGCCCUCCAACACUAAAAUCAGGCAAGUUUGGUGGAGGAGAUACAAGGCUGGGGACAUCACAACUCAGAAAGAGGAGUCGCCACCCUCAAAAUAAAACAUCAAAGGAGAUGUCUGGGAGGACAUCCCAUGUUCUGUUACAGAAGGGUCAGUCUCCUCCUGAAAAUCACUUCAGAAACCACAUGAAACAGUUUUUUCAGUGGUUUAGUACAGGUAAAAAUGGCAAAAGACAAGAAAGCUCUCUGGGAAAGGGCAAUUCUCCAUCAUCAUCUGCUCAGGCCAGAAGCCUAGGUAAAGGGAAAGCUACUUUUUCUGGGAACACUGAAAAUCAGAAAGUCACCAGAGACACUGGGAAAGUCCCAGUGGCGAAACAAGGGCAGGGGCAUGGAGUAGGUGUCACAUGUCCCCAGGAACCCCUUCUAUCUCCUAUGAAGUCUGGGAAAACUCAGCUGAAGGCAGAACUGGAGACCCAGACAAAUUGUAGGCAGGGCAAGCACCCCAACAAAGCUUCCUGCUCUAAAGUGACAUGUGUCAAGUCUCACACACAAGAAGCUGCUAGUCCUAGACAGAGUUACCUUGAGAAGGACAGGCAGGGCACAGGCUGGCACAAAGAGCCAACAAAGAGUGUGCUAACUCCUGAGCGAAGGCAUCUCACAGCCAUGGAGUACAGGGAACCAGGGCUCCACAGCAGACCCACCUGCAGACAGCAAGUGCCUCAAGUGCCUCUGGCUACCCCUACCAUUCCUAACGGCAGUGUGUUGGGAGUGGUUCCCUAUUGA